UAUUGAACAUCAUUUUGUUACUAUAACCCAAAAUUGCCAGCAUCGUCCGUAAGACCUUUCUAGGGAUAAUAUAACAACAUAGCCGAAUCAAAAGAAUUCAAAACUUUGACAAGAAAACCAAGAAAACUAUUGAUAGAUCCAAAUAACAUGUCUUCCAAGAUUAUGCUGAAACCUAAGGGAAAGAACACCAAAAAGGCAGCUGCAUCUGAUGAGGAUGAUGGAGCAGUGGCUGUUGUAGGGAAAUUUGUGAAGGAAUGGGGGACAUGGACUGCAAAGAAAGCUAAGGUUAUUACUCAUUAUGGUUUCAUCCCACUUGUUAUUAUCAUUGGGAUGAAUUCUGAGCCGAAGCCUUCUAUUUCUCAGCUUCUUAGCCCUGUGUAAGCAUAACCAGAUGGGUUAUUUUGGGAGUAAGAUAUUAUUAGUCGAUUUUACUUGAAUACUCAGAUGGGUUUUGCUGUUUUGAUGCUAAUGGGUUGUGAAUCUUGAAAUAAAGAAUUUAACUUUCAUUGGUAAUAUUGUUCAAUCAUGCUUUUAUAGUA